CGACGGCUAGGCGACAUGGCGGCCACCAAGAGGAAACGGCGUGGGGGCUCCGCGGUGCCGGCCAAGAAGCCCAAGAAAGCUGGCAAGGAUGCCGGGCCGCCGGCGAAGCGGCGCUCCACGACGGAGGAGGUGGAGGAAGAAGAGAGAGACCGGAUCCCGGGCCCCGUUUCUAAGGGCAAGUGGAAGAACAAGGAACGGAUCCUCAUCUUUUCUUCCAGAGGAAUAAAUUUCAGGACGAGACAUUUAAUGCAGGACUUGAGGACGCUGAUGCCUCAUUCUAAAGCAGAUACUAAGAUGGACCGUAAAGAUAAGUUAUUUGUGAUUAAUGAGGUCUGUGAAAUGAAAAACUGUAAUAAAUGCAUCUAUUUUGAAGCUAAGAAAAAACAGGAUCUCUAUAUGUGGCUUUCAAAUUCACCCCAUGGACCAUCUGCUAAAUUUCUUGUUCAAAAUGUUCAUACCCUAGCUGAACUGAAGAUGACCGGAAACUGCUUGAAAGGCUCCCGACCCCUUCUGUCCUUUGAUCCUGCUUUUGAUGAAUUUCCACAUUAUGCUUUGUUGAAAGAACUCCUAAUUCAGAUCUUUAGUACACCGCGGUAUCACCCCAAAAGCCAGCCAUUUGUGGACCACGUGUUUACCUUCUCCAUUUUGGACAAUAGGAUAUGGUUUCGGAACUUUCAGAUUAUAGAAGAAGAUGCUGCUCUUGUUGAAAUAGGACCUCGCUUUGUCUUAAACCUCAUAAAGAUUUUCCAAGGGAGCUUUGGAGGGGCCACCUUGUACGAAAACCCUCACUACCAGUCUCCAAACAUGCAUCGACGAAUUGUAAGAUCCAUCACAGCCGCGAAAUACAGAGAGAAGCAGCAAGUGAAGGAUGUGCAGAGACUAAGAAAGAAAGAGCCAAAGGCUGUUCUUCCCCACGACCCCACUGCAGAUGUUUUUGCUACUCCAGCUGAGGAAAAGCCGAUAGAAAUACAGUGGGUCAAACCAGAACCUAAGGUUGAUCUGAAAGCAAGGAAGAAAAGGAUUUACAAGCGGCACAGAAAGAUGCAACAGAAGAUGAACAAAAGGAAUGCAAAAUGAAGCAGCAUAUAACUGGAUUUUCAGUUAUUGUAUAUUUAUUUUGUGUUCAACAUGUAAAUACUUUUAUUUCUAGGUCUUAAGUUUCCUGUGAUGUUUAAAAGAAAAUGUAUUGUCUUAGAUGUUUAUCUUUUUCUAAAUAAAAAGCAUCAGAGCACCUAAGUUACUUUUUCUUUUCAGAGUUUUUGGGUUUUAGUGAAAAUUGAGCAUACGCAAGGUUUAAACCUACUCUCAGAUUUUUUUGUCUAGCAAAGCUGAAAUUCAGCUUUGUUAUUUAUUGGGUCAUUGCUACUUGUAAAAUGAGUAAUUAUUCUGUAUUGCAGAUUUCAUUUCCAUCUUUUUGGGAGUUAGAGGGGUGGGCUGGUCUAGGUGCUGACGGUGAACAUUUAUACAGAAAUCAUUUUAUAGAACACUUAUUUCCUAGAAGUACAAUCCGGAACAAAGGUUUGAAUACUGUGGCUUUUGCUUACUCGUUAAGACUGUACUCACCAGGAGUUAGCAUGUUUAAUUCCUUGUGCCUUUGCAAGGUGGUGGAAUAACCUGUCAGUGGGUUAAAACAGUGCUGCUUUAGGUCAGACUUUGGUUUUUCUUUUGUGGUUGGAUUUUUUCGUAGU